GGGAAGCGGCCCGAGCGCCGGGCGGGGGCCGGGCCGGCUCUCAUGCCCUUUUUGGCGCAGCAGCUCUGGGCGCUGCCCUUUACUGCCGCUGGGGCCCGAGAGAGAGGCGAGCCGGAGACGGCCGUGCUUCUGCAGCGGCCUCCUCCCCUCCCCGCCCGGUGCCGCAGGAUUGCAGCUGGCACUGAAGGGUGGGCAAGCUCGAGGGAGGGGCGCUCCGGGAGCCCCGGCGCCUGUGGGCUCCGAGCCGCGGGCGCCGAGCUUGGAUGCAUUUAGCUGCCUGCGUGAGCGCGUGUGUGGCCACUGCAGUGGCGGUGGCGGCCGGGCCCGAUCUGGCCCGCGAGACCCCUGCGCGCUUCCGAGGAGCCCGGCUGGAGAGCCCGCCCCGCGGCCUCGCCUCCCUGCCGAGCUUCCAGCGCCUCGGGACGCGAUGAGGACCUGGGCUUGCCUGCUGCUCCUCGGCUGCGGAUACCUCGCCCAUGCCCUGGCCGAGGAAGCCGAGAUACCCCGAGAGCUGAUUGAGCGGCUGGCUCGAAGUCAGAUCCACAGCAUCCGGGACCUCCAGCGACUCUUGGAGAUAGACUCCGUAGGGGCUGAGGAUGCCUUGGAGACGAGCCUGAGAGCCCAUGGGUCCCACACCAUUAAGCAUGUGCCCGAGAAGCGGCCUGUGCCUAUCCGCAGGAAGAGAAGUAUUGAGGAAGCCAUUCCUGCAGUUUGCAAGACCAGGACGGUCAUUUACGAGAUACCUCGGAGCCAGGUGGACCCCACAUCGGCCAACUUCCUGAUCUGGCCCCCGUGUGUGGAGGUGAAGCGCUGCACCGGCUGCUGCAAUACCAGCAGCGUCAAGUGCCAGCCCUCAAGGGUCCACCACCGCAGUGUCAAGGUGGCCAAAGUGGAGUAUGUCAGGAAGAAGCCAAAAUUGAAAGAGGUCCAGGUGAGGUUAGAGGAACACCUGGAGUGUGCGUGUGCGACCUCCAACCUGAACCCAGACCAUCGGGAGGAGGAGACGGGAAGGCGUAGGGAAUCAGGUAAAAAGCGGAAAAGAAAAAGGUUAAAACCCACCUAAGGCGGCCAACCAGAUGUGAGGUGAGAUGAGCCGGCCGCCCUCUCCCGGGACACGGAUGUACGUGGCGUGUGACAUUCCUGAACAUACUAUGUAUGGUGCUUCAUUGCCAAUGUGCGUGCGGUCUUUGUUCUCCUCCGUGAAAAACUGUGUCUGAGGACAAAGAGACAGUGUCUGUUUGUUCAGUGUGACAUCAAAGCAAGUACUGUAGCACUCGGAGAGGCAGCGAGAAAGCUUCCUUGUCACAGAGAGCGAAAACAAAACCACAAAAAAAAAAAAAUCAAAAAAAAAAUUAAAAAAAAAAAAACCACACAAAAAAAAUCCAAGCCCAACAACAACAACAAACCCACCACAAGAAACAAAAAGACUGAGGUGGGCAACAGAUAGAAGGGCCGUCCUGCAGGACUGACCCUUGAGGGGUAGCCGAUGUUGGCCACUGCCCUGAAUUCUGCCCGUGGGCACAGGUGCUUUUCGCUGAGGACGCCCGGAGCCUGCCUGGGAUGCUGCCCGCUGGUUCCACUAGGCAAGGAAGCCGAACAGCUGGGAGAUGCCCACGGGCCUGGAAGCCGCCACCUCGCUUGAGUCUGCCUAGGACUUUCCAGACGGCCUUACGUGGAACUUCUUUUUCCUUUCCUUUGCUUUCUUUCUCUCUUUCUUUUUUUCUUUUUUUACACCAUAAAGUGAUUAAGCUUUUUCUUUUUAAUUCUCUGCCUAGCUUUUUUUU